AGACUGCUUUGAUUAAAAUAGAAUCUGUAAAGCUUACUCCUCCCAAAUGCAGGAUGAUUCAUAUUCGGAAAGUUAUAUAAGCACCAUUGGAGUUGAUUUUAAAAUACGUACUGUGGAACAAGAUGGAAAGACUAUUAAACUUCAAAUUUGGGACACUGCUGGACAAGAACGUUUUAGGACCAUCACUAGCAGCUACUAUCGUGGAGCACAUGGUAUCAUUGUGGUUUAUGAUGUGACAGAUCAAGAAAGUUUCAACAAUGUUAAGCAGUGGCUUAAUGAAAUUGAUCGCUAUGCAAGUGAAAAUGUUAAUAAAAUUCUAGUUGGAAAUAAGUCCGAUCUCACUGAUAAGAAAGUUGUUUCCUAUGAGACGGCUAAGGCAUUUGCUGAUGAAAUUGGUAUUCCAUUUUUGGAAACUAGUGCUAAAGAUGCUACUAAUGUGGAGCAAGCUUUCAUGGCGAUGUCUGCUGCCAUAAAGAAUAGGAUGGCAAGCCAACCAGCCAUGAACAAUGCUAAGCCUCCCACAGUUAAUAUGCGUGGGCAGCCUGUUGCACAGAAUAGUGGCUGCUGCUCGUCAUGAACACAAUGGACAAACAACUUCUGGAUCAUUGACUCUACUGCUGCAUGUGAAAGCACCUUUAUGAAGACCAACUUAAUCAAAAGACACUUGAUAGUUUAUUAUCUUUUCCGACUUUAUUCUUUUUCUGAACGUUUGUUUCAUGUACUGAUUGUACAAAUUUAUUGUAGUGGAUGAUAGAACAAUUGGUUGUAUUCGCUGUUGUCCUGUAGAUGCUUGCCAGCCCAUAUGCUAGCCAAAUAUAUGUUAAUUUGCUUGCAGCAGACUGUCAAGAA